AUGUCCAAUGGACUCUCGGACCCAGGGACGAGUGUCUACUCGUCGGGCUCCAUGCAUGUCGGAGACGGAACAUGGGACUCGCAGCGCAACACGUUCUUGCUCCCCAAUCUGCAGGGACUGAACUUUGAGACAACGCGCUUGAAUGGCAUGGGCAAUCGCUUUCGUAACAUGCCUGGUUACAAGGCCCUCAUAACCGCUCACGGCGUACUAGCAGUAGUUACAUUCUUAUUCGUAAUCCCUGCUGCCAUUUUUAUGGCCAGUUUCUACCACCGGAACCCGCGUACUGCCUUGCGAUUCCACAUCUGGCUGCAGGUCUCCGCGGUACUCCUCUCGACUGCUGCCAUUGUCUGUGCCUUCCAAGCCGUGGGUCUUGAGAGGUCUCUAACCAACCCGCAUCAUGGCAUCGGCGUAGGCUUGUACACUCUUGUCGUCGUCCAAGCCUUCGGUGGCUCGGUUAUCCACAGACUAGAAAAAGGCAAGGAGAGAUACAAGAUUCCUCUUACGCUUAUGAUUCACCAAUGGCUAGGACGAGCCAUUGCACUGCUCGGAAUUGCGCAGGUUCCACUAGGUCUAACCUUGUACGGAUCGCCACUGGUUCUGUUUAUACUCUUCGCCGUCUGGACAUUUAUCCUCGUGAUCCUCUACUUUAUCCUGUCGUACAGGAGCCAGCCAGAAUUGGACUUUGACGAUCGUAGCACUUAUAUAACCGAUCGCUCGUACAGUACCAGACGCAGUCGCCGAAGCAGGGGCCCAGGUGUGGGAAGGGUUGCAGCAGCAGGAGCAGCAGGAGCGGGUUUAGCUGCAUUGGGUUCAGGAAGAUCUCGAAGCCGGACUCGCAGCAGACACGGCGGAACAGCCAUCAGCUCCCGAAGGGAUUCUCGCUCUCGUGUCACCGCUUCUGACUUUACGGAAUCUUACCUGAGCGAUGAAAAAUACGGUGCCGACCGCAACAAAGGAAGUACUUGGAAGGAUCGCCUUCUCGGAGCUGGAGCUGCCGUUGGGGGUAUUUUCGCUGUCAAAAAGCUAUUUAACCGUAAAGAAAAGCGUCCUCCAACUGAGACCGGAAGCGAUUUCAGCUACAGCCGCGGAUUGGGCCCUUCUGAAGUCACUCAGACCGACAUUUCAAGGCUAGAAGAAGGACGCGCCCCCGGAUCUCCAGCAAACCGUAGAGACGACUGGCGUCGUGUCGAGGAACGUGAUACCCAAGUGUCGGCAAUGACUGGAAGCAACCUACGAUCGAACCAUCGCCAAACGAGAAGUGUGACAUCUAUAGACUCUUUCGAUAGUCGGACCAGCUUCAGCGACGAGACCGACAUGAGGCCCAAGGAUCGUUCUUACGGACUGAAGGAGGGGGUUGCUACUCUUGGUGUAUUCGGCUUUCUCAAGCACUCUCUGAGCAAACGCAGCAAGAAGAGGGAGGACGAGCAUGUGGAAGAAAUGAGGGAGCAAGACAUGGAAGAAGAACGCAUCGCUCGCAUGAACAGCCAACGCCGCAAAAAGUACGGUGCUGAUAGCACUCCCCCGCGCAGGGGAGGACGACCUCCAUCGACUAUACUUUCAGACAGCGAUAUGACCGGUAUCACACCCUCCGUAGCCCGUCCGCCCAUGGAAUCUACCGUCACGCCCUCAGUGAACCCUCAUCGACCCCCUCGCGCUGGCGUCUACAGUGUCUUGUCGGACUCUGGAUCAGAAGCUUACGACUCCCCUGGAGGCCGUCAUCAUCAACGACGUCGCACUGCGGGCGAUGCAGCUGGAGGCACAGUCAUCUCAGCAGCUUCACAAUCCAAGCAUCGACGCCGAGGCAGUAGAGAUGAUGUUGCAUCUCCCCCUGUAUCUGUCAAAGUCAAGAUGCACAACGACGGACGCCAUGUUACUUUGCGACGACUCAAUGAAGAGGAGGCAGCCGCAGAGCGUGAAGCAAGGAAAAAGGAUCGUCAACGAAAGAACCGCGCUGGAAGUGUUAGUUCAUUGAGCGGUAUCGGUGGCGACCGCUGGCGCAGGACUGAAGCCAUGGAAGCGGCGCAAGCGCAGGAAAUGGCACAACAAGCUGGCAUACCUCCUCCACCUCCAAUGCCAGGCUCGACACCUCUGCGCAUGCCCGAGGCUACCAUUCCCCCACCUCCUGCCGGCCCAUCCGGAGCUUAUGACCAACCCGGACCCAGCAAUCUUUCUCCACCUCCAAUGCCGGGUGCGGUAGAUACUGUCCUAAGCAGUCCUCCGGGUACUCAAAUCCAUGGUACCGAGACAGACCUUAGCAACUACGACACCAACAGGCGUAGACGGAGAGCAGAAAGAGCCCAGGCCAAACAGGCUAGGCUAGGCGGAAGUCGGGUUGAGUUCUCCUAA